AUGUCUCAACAAAUUAACCAAACCAAUGACAUAUCUUCAGUACCAGAAUUAUCUCAACCAACUAUCGCUUACUCUACUUUCCAAUCAAUCAAUACUUACUCUACAUUAGAGGAGGAAGUUGUGUCUCUUAGAGAAGAAAAAAAUAUGGAAGAUAAAAAUAAUAAAAAUUUUGAAAUUAUAGUGAAUACAGAAGAUGAAGAUAAUAAAGGUCCUAAUAAAAUUUUGGGAACAACAGAAGCUGUUGCAUAUAAUAUAAAUCAAAUAAUUGGAAGUGGAAUUUUUUUGAUACCUGGUAACGUGUGGCGACUGACUAAAUCUCCGGGAAUUACUGUAGUAUUUUUUAUUAUUGGAGGCUUUUUUAGCAUUCUUGGUAGUGUGGUUUAUGCUAAGUUAAGUGAAAUGUUGCCUAAAGGAGCGGGAGAGCUAAGAUAUCUUGAUGAAGCUUUUCAAAAGCCUAGAAAAAUUAUUGCAUUGGCAUUCAGCCAUGCUAUUAUAUUGCCUACAUGGAUUGUUGCUGAUGCCUAUGUCGCCUCUCAAUAUGUUCUUUAUACAAUUCGAGGUGAAAGCGGAGAAUAUUUAGACCCAACAGGAUAUUUCAGCAAUGAUUUUCUCGGACUAGCUGCUCGUAUAAAUCAAAUAAUUGCUGCAUUCAAAAUUUUAGCGCUUUCUGCUAUUAUAAUUGUUGGCUUAAUACAACUUCAAAAUGUCAAUUACAAAAAUCACUGGGCAAAUAUAUUUAAAAAUACAAUAAAUGAUCAAAGAACUCCUUUAGAACAAGUUGGAAGUUACGGAGAUGCUAUGUUGCAGGUUUUGUUUGCAUAUGAAGAUCUUACCGAUGAGUUAAUCGAGCCUGAUAUUGCGAAAUCUUCAAACAUUUAUAGUAUCUUUAUCACUAUUCCACUUUAUAUCUUAGCUAAUGUUGCCUAUAUAACGGUAGUAAAUCCUGAAGAUGCCGUAAUAAAAGAUGAAAUUAUUGCUAUAAACUUUGGCAAAGCCUUACUUGGCGAAACUGGCAAAAAGCUUAUCUCAGUAUUUAUUGCUAUUUCUUCCUUUGGAGCUGUUGCAGCAAUGAUUUACAGUGGUUCUCGGAUUAUAGCUUAUGCCGCAAGAAAUGGGUUAAUCACUUUCCCUAAUAGUCUAAAACUCUCCGGAUUUCACCAGAAAUUAAACACACCAAUAAAUGCGCUAGUAUUUCAAUUGGUUUAUUGUACAAUUUUAACUACUUUCUUUCCAACAUACUGGAAUAUUUUUUUGUUUAUGGUAACCACGUCUCUAUACCUAACUAUAUUAUAUCACGGUAUUAGUGCAAUUAGCUUGAUGAUUUUGCAAAAAAGAUUUCCAACAAUCAUUUCUUUCUCAAAGGCAGUUAUGUUGAGUUGUUCAUUUUUAUUAUUAAUAAUAUUAAUUGCAAUUGUGACAUUCUUUCCUCUUCCAAUUAGUGAAGAUAUAAGUCUAUACUACAUACCAUAUGUUAUCUCUUGGUCUGCUGUUCUUUUAGGGGGACUUAUUCCAUAUUUGUAUGGUAGGUUUGGUAAUGUUAAAGAUGAUAAAUAA